UUAUCCCGCUAGCUGACUACUAUAUCAUUGCUGGAGUGAUUUAUCAGGCACCAGACUUGGGGUCAGUUAUAAAUUCCAGAGUGCUUACUGCAGUGCAUGGCAUUCAGUCAGCUUUUGAUGAAGCUAUGUCAUACUGUCGAUAUCAUCCCUCCAAAGGAUACUGGUGGCACUUCAAAGAUCAUGAAGAGCAAGGUAGGUAA